AUGAUUAGUGGAACACUGAAAGUCUUUGCGUUCUUCAUAUCAAUAUCUUUGAUAUUUUUGGAUUCGACUUUUGCUUACGUUCGCGAGCCUACAGAAGAUAGAAAAAAUCUUAAAUUAAAACACGACUAUAAACUUACUUUCAAAAAGCCAUAUUAUUAUAAUCAUACUGUACCUUUUUUUGAUACAUAUGGCCAUACUCUCCUCGCAACGGAUUUUAUUCGAUUGGCGCCUAGUGUUCCAAAGCACUCAGGUUCGAUAUGGGCACAGCUUUCAAACCCACAUAAAGAAUGGGAAGUAGAGUUAUCCUUUAAAAUUACAGGGAAAUUUUAUGUUGGUGGUAGAGGUAUUGCAUUUUGGUAUACCAAAGAUCGUGCUGAACAAGGACCGGUAUUUGGAAACAAGGAUAAAUGGGUUGGACUAGUGAUCAUGUUCGAAACCGUUGACCAUAUUAGAAAACGCGAACAUCCCGUUAUAAUGGCUCAUCUUAAUGAUGGUUCCACACUUUAUAAUAAUAUAACUGAUCCUGGUGACGUGAUGCUUGCCGGAUGUUAUAGAUUGUUUCAUAAUACACCAUCACCUGUAUUUGCCAGAAUAUCGUAUUAUAACAGAACUCUCAAGUUAGCAGUGGAUGCCAAUGAUGAAGGGGGGACGUAUCUUCCAUGUUUCGAAAAAAAAGAUAUAGAUUUGCCAACUGGAUAUUAUUUUGGGGUUUCUGCGGUUGCGCAAGGAGAAACGCCUG